UCGGCUUAAGAAGAAGAGCAGUAUUGAAAAUUUGUAAAUAAAAAGUAAUAGAAAUGAUAAUUUAUGGGGUGUAUAUAGUAAGUAAAUCAGGUGGACUCAUUUAUAAUCUGGAUAGCAACGUUCCUCGCAUAGAGCAGGAACGUUCGUUUACAUAUCCUCUUGAUUUAAUACUCGACUAUGAUCCCAAGAAGGUGUCGGUGGUCUUCAACCGAAAGGAUGGAAUCAAUGUGGGGCACGUUUUAAUAGCUGUAAAUGGAAUGCCGGUAAAUGGGAAUACACUCGAGGAUGGACGUGACGUCAAAACUGUGCUGGACAACGCAGAGAACUAUCCGAUGAAUUUAAAAUUUUGCAGGCAUAAAUUGACUACCAAUGAAAAAAUUGUACAAGCAAGUACGUUCUAUCCCCUAUACGCUUUUGCUAGUCAACUCAGUCCGGAACCUAAAAGUUCUGGUAUUGAAAUAUUGGAAGCCGAUACAUUUACCUUGCAUUGCUUCCAAACGCUAACAGGAGUUAAGUUUAUUAUAAUAUCGGAAACUGGUGAAACUGGCAUGGAUAUUUUACUUCACAAAAUUUACGAGUUAUAUUCAGAUUAUGUUCUGAAAAAUCCGUUUUAUGCUUUGGAAAUGCCCAUACGCUGUGAAUUAUUUGAAAAUAAGCUGAAGGCGUUAUUGGAUAUAGUGGGAAGCUCAGGUAUAAAUAACUUGGACAAGUAAAAACUGUAACAUUUGCAUUGUUAUCGUAAUAUAAGGUCUUUUAAAACAACAAAAUACUCACUUGAAUGGGGUGCGUAGUUUGUUUUUAUUGAAAAGCGUAUUGAAUAUAUGUAAAAUGUUACGAUCCUUAUUACUAAAUUGCACAAUAAAAAAAAAAGCAUUCUUAAACAAUAGUAGAAUCAACAAAAUGUACGAAAUAAAUAAAAAAACUCGGCAUCCAAAUUAGAAGUAUUCGCUUAAAAAAGAAAAACAACAAUUUAUGAACUAAUUAAUACCAUCAAAGUAAAUGCGUUUAACA